AUGCCAACUGUCAACGUAGACAAGGAAUACCUGUUCAAGGAACUUGGACGAACUUUCACAACUGAAGAAUUUGAAGAGUUGUGCUUCGAAUUCGGUAUAGAACUUGAAGAUGAUACCACCGAAUUGGAAAUGGCUGCCAAAGAAGUCGGAGCUGACAAGGCUAAAGGACUAUCAAAUCGUGGGAUUUAUAGAAUUGAUAUUCCUGCAAACAGAUACGAUAUGAACUGCUUGGAAGGCAUUGCUAGAGCAGUCAAGACUUUUCUAAGUGGUGGUCCAGCACCCGAUUAUCAAUUGUCAACGCCUACCAAAAUGCAGGAGCUCCAUAUCAAAGCAGAGACGGCACAAAUUCGGCCAUUUUGUGUAUCUGCUAUCUUGAGGAAUAUUACCUUUGACCCUAUUACAUAUGCCAGUUUCAUUGACUUGCAGGACAAGUUACAUGCUAAUCUUGGAAGGAGGAGACAGCUGGUCUCAAUGGGUACACAUGACUUGGACUCGAUAGAAGGUCCAUUCACGUACGAAGCUCUACCACCAAAGGAUAUAGUCUUUGCUCCAUUAAACAGUAGUCGAGUCAUGAAUGGUGAAGAGCUGAUGCAUUAUUAUGAUGUCGAAGCUGAGAACAGAUCAAUCGCCAAAUUUCUACCAAUCAUACGUGAUUCUCCCGUCUACCCUGUAAUUCUUGAUGCCCAACGACGAGUCUUGUCCCUUCCACCCAUCAUCAACUCGAAUCUCUCAAAAAUCAGCUUGAAUACUAAAAACGUUUUUAUUGACAUUACUGCUACGGAUCUGACCAAGGCUAAAGUUGCCUUGAAUAUGUUGGUGACCAUGUUCUCUCAGUACAGUACAGAGCAAUUCACCAUCGAGCCAGUACGAGUCUUCAAUCCAGAUGGCUCAUCAACAAUCUACCCCGACCUAUCUGUACGGUCACUCGACGUACCGGUAGACUACAUCUGCAACGACAUAGGAGUUCGUAUCCCACCAGACGAAAUCGUACGAAUCCUAAUGAAGAUGUCCUUCCUCGCCAAAGUAUCAUCUGAUCGUAAGAUGAUAUCUGUACAAGUACCACCUACACGAUCCGAUGUAUUGCAUGCAUGUGAUAUCAUCGAGGAUGUAGCUAUUGGGUUUGGAUAUAAUCAGAUACCAAAGACGUUGCCUAUAGCUAAUACUAUAGCUGCUCCUCUGCCUGUAAACAAGUUGACGGAUCAGCUGCGACGGGAGGUUGCGUUGUCUGGAUAUACAGAGGCUUUGCCGUUCAUCUUGUGCUCUCAUGAUGAAAAUUUCAAACUGCUCAAUCGAGUUGAUGAUGGUAAUGAAGUCGUUGUAUUAGCCAAUCCACGAACUGUGGACUUCCAGGUAGUUCGAAGCACACUACUACCAGGACUAUUGAAAACAGUGUCAUCCAACAAAACUAUGACGCUACCAUUAAAAAUCUUUGAGGUGUCUGAUGUGUGUCUGAAGGAUUUAUCACUUGAACGCAAGACACGUAAUCAAAGGAAUCUAUGUGCUGUGUAUUGCUCCAAGUUUGCUGGAUUUGAGCAAAUUCAUGGUCUGCUCGAUCAUCUAAUGACUAUGCUGUCUACUCGUCUCGUACCAGUAGGAGAGUCUGGUGGAUAUUAUAUCACUGAAUCCAGCAAUCCCACCUUUUUCCCUGGACGAUGUGCAGACGUCUACUACAACACGAUGAAAGUUGGGACUUUUGGGGUGUUGCAUCCUACAGUCUUGAUCAACUUCAAGAUUGAUAGUCCUUGCUCGGCACUAGAAUUCAAUAUAGAACCAUUCUUGUAA